CCCGUCAAAGGAUGCCUGUCAAUGUCCUACCUUGAUGCUUUGAAGAAUCCUGAAGACAUUGAAAAUGCUACUCACCUCAGUAGAAGCAUUGACUCUCUCUCCGUAAUUGGUGUGCCUACUUCACCCUCAAAGGAAGUUUCAUACGGCACAGAAUUGAAACUGACACAGUUGCAAAAGGAUGUCUCUGCAUCAUCCUCACUUUAUGCCAUGAGCAACUGUCGGAGCUCAUUGGAGUUUCCCUCCAGUCGAUCCGAUAUCCCUAUUGACAAAGAGGCCCAAAGAAUUUCCUCCACAGACGAAGAAGACAGUCUGUCCAAAUCCCUCCUGACCUCUUCCAAAUCAGUCUUCAAUGUCUCUGGCCUCGUCCCUACUCCUCCAGAGGGAAAGCCAAAGGUGAGGCUGCCACGGCGCCCAGUGCUUCGCCUUAGGAAGGUUCCAGAGGAGCCACCCAAAAAGAUGCACAUUUACACAGUUUGCAGGGAUGCUUUUCAUUUCCCAACUGAGACAAUGCGAUCGACCAGUCCAUCAUCAUUCGAGGGAGAAUUCUCAACUCCAGAGUCCCAGAGGCCAAGAGCGGUGGACAGCUCAGACAAGGAGUCUAUCUUUAAUAUAGACUCAUCCAAAAGACUCGUCUCAGAGAUAAUGCUGUCUGUUCGGGAGGACGUUGUUGAGGCAAAGCAGAGCGAGAUGGCCGCACAUCUGGCUGAACUGUCGUCUGACAAUGAGACGCUCAGCACUUUGGCUCAGAGUGGGACACCCCGCGCCGAUUCAUGAACUGCCUCCAACACCUCUCCUCACAGCGAGAGUGAUAACUGAAGAGAAUUCACAUGUUUACUUGGACAUACAUUGCAUUUGCUUACAAUAUUUUGAAUCACAUUGAGCUAUUAAAUGCAUUUAUUUUCUAAAAAAGACAAAAGCAUUUUUUUUACAAUGUGUAGUUUUUCUUAGAUGUAAGUGUUAAGUUAGGAAUAUUAAAUAGAAAAUUAGGAGAGAGUAAUUAUAUAUCUUUGCUCUGAAUGGUGACAUUGUUUAAACAGUCUCCC